AUUAUUCCAUAUUUCUUUAAAUCUCACGACCUCCCACGCUAACAACAUUCUCAAGGAUAGAUAGAGAGAGAAUAAAAGCUCCAAGCUUUCUUUUUCUUUCUCUCGUCAUUCCUGCAAAUAGGAAGGUUGUAGAACAAGAAGUGGGGUCUCUGUUUUCAUUCCUGGCCUUGCGAUUCAGAUAAAACUUUCGGCUUCAAAGCCCAUUCAGUCCAAUCCAAAUCCACUUCCUCUCCACACAUAUAUAAAGUCUAUAGUUAUAGAGAGAGAAAGAGUUAAACUUUUCACAUCUUUAUCUCUCUCUCUACCAGCUUCUCUCCUCCUGUUCUCAUGGAAGCCUCACCCAAUGAUCGCCUUCACUUUGGCAAAAUGGGUUUCGGGUGUCAGCACUACAGGAGGAGAUGCCAGAUCAGAGCUCCAUGUUGCAACGAAAUCUUCGAUUGUCGCCAUUGUCACAACGAGUUCACUAGCACUUUGCGCAUUAUCUACGACCGUCAUGAGCUUGUUCGUCAAGACGUUAAACAAGUGAUUUGUUCUGUUUGCGACACAGAGCAGCCGGUAGCUCAAGUAUGCUCCAACUGUGGUGUCAACAUGGGAGAAUACUUUUGCAAUAUCUGCAAGUUCUAUGAUGAUAAUACUGAGAAACAACAGUUCCAUUGUGAUGACUGCGGAAUCUGCAGAGUUGGUGGACGUGAGAACUUCUUCCAUUGCAAGAAGUGUGGAUCUUGUUAUGCAACUGGUCUGCGCAACAACCAUCGCUGCGUUGAGGAUUCAAUGCGACAUCACUGUCCCAUUUGUUUCGAGUAUCUCUUUGACUCUCUUAAAGAAACAACAGUGAUGAAAUGUGGACACACGAUGCACUGUGAAUGCUACCAUGAGAUGAUCAAGCGUGACAAAUUUUGCUGUCCUAUUUGCUCGAGGUCAGUGAUUGAUAUGUCAAAAACAUGGCAGAGGAUGGAUGCAGAGAUUGAAGCCACAUCUAUGCCUUCAGAUUACCAUGACAAGAAGGUGUGGAUACUAUGCAACGACUGUAACGACACAACAGAAGUGUACUUCCACAUAAUAGGACAGAAAUGUGGACAUUGUAGAUCUUACAACACCAGAGCAGUCGCACCUCCUGUUCUUCCUCAAUGACUAAAGAUCUUUCACUUGUUGCCAUCUAUUUACCAGAAAGCAAGCAUGAACUUUUUGUUGCAAAAAACUUUCUUGAUGAUCGGUUAUAGCAAGAAAAGUUGAUCAAUAUGAUUGUUGGUCACAAAAGCAAAACACAUAUCUGUUUUCUUCAUGAUUCUAUUUGUUGUUGGUCAAACCAUUUAUAUUUGGGUGUGGGAAAGCCAGGAUUAUUUAUGUAUAAUAUACUCUUUAAAUAUUCUUGAUCCAGGAAAUUUACCUGUGAUAUGCAA